AUGGCUUUGGCUAAGAAUUCAGUGCUUGUUUUCAUGGUUAUGGCUUUGUUUGGGGUCUGUUUUGGGACUGUGUACAAGGUGGGUGACUCGAACGGCUGGACAGACAAAGGCAGUGUUAGUUACAAGGAUUGGGCAUCUACUAAGACCUUUGUUGUUGGAGACACUAUCGUUUUUGGGUACAAUGCCAAGGAGCAAAAUGUGGUGCAAGUGAAAACCCUUACAGAAUUCAACGGCUGCAACUCAAAAGCUCCGUUAUCAGCCUAUAACUCUGGCAACGACGCCGUAGCGUUGAAGAAGGCUGGCCAUUUCUUUUACAUCUGUGGUCUUCCUGGGCACUGCGAGGCUGGCCAGAAAGUUGACAUUAGGGUUCUUGAACCUAGCCAGGCACCUGGCCCAAGCCACUCGAGCCCUAGCCCUAGCCCUGCACCCAACUCAAACCAUUCUCAACACAAUGAAUCGUCCGCCCCGGUUCCAUCUCCAAGUGCAAAGGCUCCUACCUCACCUAACAAGAGCAGUGCUCCAUCUGUCAAGUCUCCUAGUGGCUUGUUUAUGCUUGUUGUGAUGGGGGUCGGCGACUCUCAUGGCUGGACCGACCAAGGCCACUUUAAUUACAAGACUUGGUCAUCUAACAAGCACUUCACUGUUGGAGACACUCUCGUUUUUGAGUAUGAUGCCAAGAAGGAGAAUUUGGUACAAGUGGACCAUAAGGGUUACAAAGAAUGCAUGGCAAAAGAUCCAUUAUUUACCUUUGCCUCUGGCAACGACAAUGUAAAGAUAACCAUGCCUGGCGACUUCUUCUACAUUUCUAGUCUCCAUGAUCACUGCAAGGCCGGCCAGAAGCUUCACAUCCAAGUUCACGCAUCAAGUUCGACCCCGUCCCCGUCCCCGUCUCAGACUCCAUCUUUCUCGAGCCCGGUCCACUUGAGCCCGUCUCCUACCCCGGUCGCCUCAACCCACGUAAUUUCAACCCCAAGUGCUUCACCAAGCCUGAGCCCAAAUGGUUAUCCAAUGCCCAGCCCAAGUGGUUCACCAAGCUACAACCCAAAUAGAUCUCCAAGUGCUAUUACUAGGCCACCUCCAAACCCUAGCCCAAACGUGGGGCCCAAUCCUCCAACUGUGAGGCCCAAUCCCCCAACGGUGAGGCCCAAUCCUCCCCCUUCGGUACCAAUAGUGGUGUCCAAUCCUCCUCCUUCCGUACCAACAGUGGUGUCCAAUCCUCCUCCUUCCCCAGGGGGUACCCCACCUAGACGUCGUAAAGCUGUGAUUACAAAGAGCCAGGCUUCACCUUCCAAUGGGUUACCUAUUUUGCAGGUUUUAAUGGCUGUGGCGGUCGUUGUCUAUAUUGCUUAA